AUGGUGAAGAUAGAAUUUAUAUUUGAUACAAGAAAAAAGAGAAAUGAAGUGAAAGAAUUCUAUGAAUCGCUUGGUUUGAUCUCUACCGUGCAGAAGAAUAUGCUACGAAUCACAAGCAGCGAUGAAAUAAGCAUUGUAUCUGCCGCGCAGUCAAAGAUAUCCCUAAGAGCAAAAAACCAUAAAGAAAUACUUGAAACACAUAAGGACUUACAAAGAGAUUUAGAAACAGUUCACUUAGAAGAGGAUGUUCAGAUAUCGCACGAGUAUAGGGAGCACCAUAUUCCAUUCAGAAUAAAGCUGACCGACCCUCUUGGCAAUGAUGUGUCUAUAUCUCCUGCCCUAUCGCCAAAGACUGUUGGUAUAAUGACAAGUGGUGGAGAUGCGCCUGGAAUGAAUUCUGCCAUUUGGGCUAUAGUAAAGGCUGCAAAUAAAAAUGGUGCAAAAACCCUGGGGAUAAUGAAUGGGUAUGAAGGCCUUGUGAAUGACACUGUAAGGGAAAUAACAGAGCAAGAGGCAUACUUGCACAUGCAAGAAGGCGGGACCUUCUUAAAGUCGGCGCGCUCGAUGAAGUUUAAAACAGAGGAAGGCUUACGGCUGGCUAUUGAAACCAUAAAGAGGCAUGAAAUAAAUGCAAUAAUUAUAAUAGGAGGGGAUGGAUCAAUGAAGGGAGCAGGCGUUUUGUCUAAAGCAUGCCCAGAUUUAUCUGUCGUAUUUGUUCCUGGGUCAAUAGACAAUGACAUACCGGGGACUGAGUCAAUUGGAGCAGCAACUGCUCUGCACAGAAUAAUUGAGGCAAUUGACUGCAUUGAGUCUACAAUGGUGUCACACCGCCGGGGGUUUGUUCUGGAGGUUAUGGGCAGAGACUGCGGGUGGCUUGCACUGUGCGGUGCAUUUGCUACGCAUGCUGCGUAUGCCUUCUUGCCUGAGUAUCCACAGGAGGAGAAAUGGAAGGAGCACUUGAAUAAAUGUAUUUCUGCAAAGAAGCAGAAGUGCACGUAUGUCAUUCUAGCAGAAGGUGCCAAGCACGAAAAUGGUAAGAAGGUGUCUGCGGAUGAAGUGUGCCAGGCUAUGGAGGAUAUGGGCAUAGAAACCCGCGCCAUAGUUUUAGGGCAUACACAGAGGGGAGGAUCUCCGUGUGCUACAGAUAGGUUAAUUGCACCAACAUUGGGAGUAGCUGCAGCCGAGGUGGCACUAAGCCGCCCAGGUGCAUAUGCGGUCUACAUAAGUGAUACAGAAAAGGUUCUAGACCUUUCUGCUUGCAUCGAUAUGUGCAAAAAAGCUGAGUCUAUUAUGCAACAGCCUGGGGGUAUAUCCAAAAUACGAGGAAAGGACUUUGUUGAAAUGCACAACUCAUUUAAAAUGGAGUGCAUGACGGCAAAUACUUCUUCUAAUCCAACCAAUAAAGCACAAAGUUCUUCCAAGAAAGAAGUGUAUGGUGCUGCUAUUAUAGGCACAGUCGGUGCAGGCGCAGAGACUGUUCUUAACAAAAUGGUAGAAUAUAGCUCGGUCUACAAUAAAGAAGUGCUUAAUCUCUCUAAGCACAGCUACUUCUCUAAGAGAAUGCCGAAAAUGAAAAAGUCUGAGCUAGAGGGGUCUCUUUCCCAGCUGAAGGAGUUAAUUGUUGAGAAAAGGAUAAGCACUUUAAUACUCAUAGGAGGUCUAGAUGCUCUUGCAGAGUCUAAAAGACUCUAUUCCUUGUGUGAUAACAUAUACGUAAUUCCAUGCACUGUAAGCAAUAAUGUUCCUGGCACGACUGUGAGCAUAGGAGCUGACACUGCCCUGGAUACUAUUACAGCACUGUGCGACAACUUAAAAAUAAGCAUGACUAAAAACAUUGCAUAUUUAGUUGAGGUGCAUGGCGGCGCGUGUGGGUACCUCAGCGUUUCCUCAGCGCUUGCUGUUGGUGCAAUAGACUGCUACUUCCCAGAAGAGACAGGGGUGCUGUCUCGCCUCACCAGAACUCUUAAAGCACUCAGUGUGUCAUUCAAAAAAACAAGCAUUCCUAAGCUAAUAAUCAGAGGGAAUGGUGCAAUGAAAGGUGUAUGCAAUGACACAGCAGCCAGAAUAUUGGAGGUUGAUGGUCCUGGCACAUACACUGUACGGCAGUGCACUCUUGGCCAUGUGCAGAAGGGAAACAGGCCAACCGCUGUUGACAGAGUGCAAGCUGCCAGAAGCGCACUAUUUAUAUUCACUGCACCUCCAGGAAAGAGCGUUCUUGGUGUUAGCAGAUGGUCUCCAACGAUUACCAAAAUUGAAUCUGCCAUUCUAGAAGUAAAUGAAGAAAAAAGAAGAGUGAAAAGAGCACAAUGGCUGGAAAUGGCAAGAAUUUAUAGGGUGCUUAACUAAGCAGUAAAUAAUAUUUGUUGCUAUAUGUUAAUUAAUAUUUAUUAAGUAGUUUAUCAUAUAAAUGCCC